AUGCACAUCAUCAAGCCGGUCUGGCUCACACACGGAGGUGAACGCAAGGAUUUCGAGGUUUAUAGCUGUGAUGUUUCGCCUGAUGGGAAACGUCUAGUGACGGCCGCCGGAGAUGGUUAUGUUCGCAUUUGGUCUACCGAGGCCAUUUAUGGUACUGGGAAUGCUGAACUUGCGGGCAAACCGAAACAAUUGGCGUCGAUGAGCAACCACUCGGGUACCAUUCAUACCGUUCGCUUUUCGCCCAAUGGAAAAUAUCUUGCGUCGGGUGCAGAUGACAAGAUCGUGUGCGUGUACACGCUCGAUGCCAACCCUCCAACCCAUUCGUCAACAUUCGGCACAGACGAAGCACCCCCAGUCGAGAACUGGCGCACAAUCAGACGAUUGAUCGGUCAUGACAACGAUGUCCAAGACCUUGGAUGGUCAAAUGACUCCUCUAUUCUCGUAUCCGUCGGACUGGAUUCUAAAGUUGUUGUGUGGUCCGGUCAUACAUUCGAAAAGUUGAAGACCAUAGCAAUUCACCAAAGUCACGUCAAGGGCAUCACCUUCGACCCUGCCAAUAAAUACUUCGCAACGGCCAGCGAUGACCGAACCGUCCGCAUCUUUCGAUUCACCUCUCCUGCUCCGAAUUCCUCCGCCCACGACCAGAUGAACAACUUUGUUCUAGAGCAGACUAUUACCACACCGUUCGCCAACUCUCCUUUGACAGCAUACUUCCGUCGAUGUUCAUGGUCACCGGAUGGAAUGCAUAUCGCUGCUGCUAAUGCCGUAAACGGUCCAGUCAGCUCCGUGGCUAUUAUCAAUCGUGGGUCCUGGGAUGGCGAUAUCAAUCUGAUUGGCCACGAAGCACCAGUUGAGGUCUGCUCGUUUUCUCCGCGACUCUAUGCAACCGAGCCCCCCAGCAAGAAGAAAGCAGAUGGCCAAGGAUCUACGGGUCAACACCAUAUCACCGUCAUUGCCUGUGCUGGAGGAGACAAGUCUCUCAGUAUUUGGAUCACUAGCAACGCUCGACCGAUAGUUGUUGCCCAAGAGAUGGCUGCCAAGGCGAUCUCGGACCUGGCAUGGACACCAGAUGGGAAGUGCCUCUUUGCUACUGCCCUAGAUGGAACAAUUCUAGCAGUCAGAUUCGAAGAUGGAGAGCUGGGAUGGGCCACGGAAAUGGAAGAAAAUGAGAAGUCGCUCACCAAGUUCGGAACAAAUCGAAAAGGCGCGGGUAUCACAGAAACUACAGACAGUCUGCUCCUAGAAGAGAAGAGUAAGGCAGGUGAGAUCAAGGGUGUUGAAGGGCGAAUGGGUGCGUUGAUGGGCGAUGCGCAGCCAACUGCAAAUGGAGACAAGGCGCCACAACCUUCCAACGGAGCGACCCCUGCUCGUGCCCCUUCACCCGCACCCGAGACCAACAAAGCACAGCCCAAUGGAGGUGUUUCAACGCCCGCUGUUCCAGAAUCCGAAAAGCCAGAUCCUUAUCAGGCCAAGCUAGAAAGACUCAAGCAGCGCCCAACAUACACCAAGGAGGGUAAAAAGCGCAUUGCACCGUUGCUGGUCUCAGGAGCAGGAGCUGGCGAAUCAUCUCUCCCACAAGCUCGUUUGAUGGCCUCGGUCAGCAAUCAAGUCAAAGCAGACGCCCCGACUACCAUAGUCGACUUGUCAAAACCAUUCGAUGGUCUUCCUAAAGGUGGUCUGACCACUCUUCUUCUCGGAAACAAGCGCAAGCUGGCCCAGGUUGAAGGCGACGAAGAUGGCAGUGUGGAAAAAAGGAUCGCUCUUGCCAGUCAAAAUGGCGCAACUCCCAUUAUGGCCAAUACUCCUGAUGGUCUUCUCCCGGCCCAGGUACAGCCUGCUGCAACCGGCCAACAGCCCACUCCAGAUUACAUUCGCCCUGCUGUCACAAAUCCUUGCAUGACUGUUAGCCAGCUUCGUUUGGCUGUUCCAAAAAUUCGCAGCCAGAUUCUUCGCGCAUUGGAUACCAGCGGGAAACCCACAGAAGCACCUGGCUCUGGUGCGGAUUCAAAAGAUACCAAAAGCCGCGUGGACGUGGUUUUCGAAGCUCGAAAUCCUUCACCGGCGAGUCUGACUGGCCGUGCCGUGGACCGGGAACCAGUACGCUUGACUUUGUUCCGGGGGAGCAGCCUUCUUCUAGUCACUGGAAAUCAAAGCAUGUGGGCAGCUGGCUGUGAGGAUGGGUCAAUUUACCUUUGGACGCCGGCCGGUCGUCGUCUGGUCAGUGCACUGGUUCUCGAAGCACAGCCUGUCAUUCUCGAGUGCAACGGACCAUGGAUUCUGUGCAUUUCCUCUGUCGGCAUGUGCUACGUCUGGAACGUGAAGCACUUAUCCUCUCCUCACCCACCCGUAUCUCUCCAGCCUGUAUUAGAUGCAGCAAUUCACACGUUGGGUGCCAAUCCAACCGCCGCACCAGCAGUGACAGAUGCACGCAUCAACUCGGAGGGCCGGGUUGUGAUUUCUCUCUCUAACGGUGAAGGGUACUCAUAUUCUCCAUCCAUGUUCACGUGGCAGCGCAUCUCUGAAGCGUGGUGGGCUGUUGGUAGUCAGUACUGGAACACGACAGACGCACCUGUAAACAAUCUACAGGCCAAGGAUGCACAGCAAGACAACAAAGAUGCCAAGGCAGCUGUUGCAGCUGGAAUCAUUCCUUGGUUGGAACGCAACACCACCAACGAGACACUGCUUCGUGGACGGGCAUAUUUCCUCCAGCGUCUAAUCAAGGUCCUGCUAUCCCGCGAGGGUUACGAGACAUUUGAAUCCAGCGUUUCCAUCGCGCAUCUUGAGAAUCGUCUUGCCGCUGCUCUGUCCCUGGGUGCCAAAGAAGAGUUCCGGUUAUACCUCUCCAUGUACGCCAAGCGCAUCGGCGCGGAAGGGUUGAAGCUGAAGGUUGAAGAAUUGCUGAAGGGCUUGAUCGGUGGUCUCUUCGAGGACGAUGAUACCACCGAGGGAAUUUUGACAUUGCAGGCGAAUGAACGCGAGGGCCGUAAUUGGCGCGAAGGAUCUGACGACCUCUGCGGCUGGCCUCGAGAGACAUUAUUGAAGGAGGUCAUUUUAGCACUCGGUAAACACCGUGACCUUCAACGUGUGACUGUGCCUUACGCCAAGCUGCUGGAUAUGGUUGACGGCGCGUCCGAAAAUGGUGACGCCAUGGAUCUAUAG